AAAGCUGGCUCCAGCUCCGUCAAUACCACCCCCUCUAGCGCUGGAGCCAGCGUCCCCUCCCUCAGCAGUGUUGGAGCUGGAGCAAGGGCCCACGUCGGCUCCAGCAGGAGUGGGAGCUGCUGAGCUGGAGUCACCUGGACCAUCACUUCUAGUGGGAAGUCCAUCUCCACCUGUGGCCAUUAAGGAGCGUGAGAAGAAGCCUAACCUCACGGCCUUCCCUCCUAAGCUGGUGGCGGAGCAGUUGACCGUGAUGGAUGCGGUGAGCAGCUGGGCUCUCAGGGCGGAGGGGCAGGCCUUCCCUCUGCCAUCAGUGCCCCAGACCUGAUCCAGACUCCUAUGACCUGGGCCCAAAUCCUGGCGCUCCCCCUUACCAACCGUACGACCUGGGCAACUUUCUGAACCCCCAAGGCUUUGCUGUCCACCUGCAGAGCGUAGAGGUGGACACUAACAGGACCUGCUGCACAAAGUGGCUGUGCCGGCUCCAUGAGGAGUGCGAGAUCCUGAAGAACUUCUCCUCGCUCCGUGCUGUCAUCUCUGCUCUGCAGAAAACCUCCAUAAGCCACCUGAAGAACACGUGGGCGGAUGUUUCCCGGAGGGGCCCUCCACGUUUGCCCCCCGGAGAUCAUCCCCCAGAGAGUGCAGGAGAAGCAGCAGCAGCAGCAGCAGCAGCAGGGUGUCGUCCCCUAUCUUGGCACUUUCCUCGGUGACCUGCUGAUGCUGCACCUGGCGAUGGGUGAUUAUCUCGAGGUGGGUGAACAUGGGGACCAGGCAGGGAGGACCAGGAUCCUGAGCCUGGGGAUGCAGGAGCCCCCGAACUGAGCUCUGAGCUCUCAGCAAUGGGCACUUCUCUCACGAGAGCCUUGCAGCUGCCCCUGGGAGCUGGGGCAUCAGGCCCAUCUUAGGGAUGAGUGAACAGAGGCUCCGCCUGAGACACCCAUUCUGGUUCCCCAGGCUGGGGAAGAUCAGAGCUGCCUGAUGGCAGAGCUGCGUGAGGUUUUAUCUGAGCUGGACUCAGCCUCUCCGUCCCAUGCUGCCCAUGGUG